AUGACGCCUUGCUCGCUUCUUUUCCCGUGCAUUUUUCUGGCCCUCCUAGUCGUCGAAGUGGUCGCGGAGCCCUGCCCAUCCUCUCAGUACCAGACAAAGCCGCUGGUGUUGGAUUGCAGCCCCGGGAGUGGCACCUUCCGCCUGGAUGUGACGAACACGACAUGGAAGGAGCUAGGAGAGGUUCCAGCUGGCUAUGCAGACGUGCAAGUAGACAUGGUUUCGUCCUCAUCCAUGCACCUGGUCGUGCUGGAUGGCUCCGGCAAUUGCAUUGCAGGAUACGCCUGCGCUAUCUCGACAUCCUGUGACAAUACCAGCCACUUCUGCCACCAACAUGGGCCCAUGACGUUCUCCUUUGUCUCCUCCCCGUACUUCGGCACAGGGGUGCAAGAGAGCAUCGCGGUCAUGGGCUUGCUUCCUUUCGACCUCACUUUGGCCGCGUCCUUGGCCACGCGACCCAAGGCAGCUGUUUCGGGGACGGUGGGCUUCUCUCACGGUGGCACUGCAGAAUGCCCGAAGCCUUUGCCAGGCUGCCAAAGAUGCCAAGACUUCCUGGGCUGUGAGGUGGGAGAGACACCGGUAUGCAACGGCACCUUGACGCCGUCGUGUUCGACUGACCCGGCUAUCCCAGCCGACGAAAACUGGUUCGAACUUCACCUUGGCGGUUCGCCUCUGCCUUCGCCGGGCGCCGCGGGCUGCCUGUGCUGCGGGCUGCCGGUUGGCGACACCGUCAGGAUGGGGCUGGCCUUGCCGCUGUUUGCUUCUGGGGAUUUCACAGCCGAGAGAGAAGGCCACCAGAUACUCUCGGCCCUUCGGUCUCUGUUCCAAUGGUUCAACAGCGUCCGCGGCGGACUCUGCCGUACUACUCUCCGGCAUCGUGUCGAGCUCUUCGUCCUGGAUGCCAGCGCGGCAACGCUGCGCGCGGCGACGCAGCGGCUGGCGUACGACUACGGCGUGGAAUUCUUCCUCGGGCCGCCGAGUUCCUUGGCGCCUGUCGCCGAAAUGGCCCAGCGGCUCCAGGCUUUGGUUUUGGCUCCGUCCACGGCGGCAAGCUCCACUUUCCAAGGGUGCCGCUUUUGCUUCGGCCUUCACCCUCCGGCAGCGCGGAUUCUCGAGCCCGCCUUCACGUUGUUGUCUCAAGCAGCUGAUUCCCGAGCUCUCCGCAUCGCCUCGGCAACUGGCUCAGACGAGGUGUCCGCCGAGAUUUGCGGAGCGGUUCCGCUCCUUGCGGCGCAGCAUGGCUUGACGUUCCUGAAUUGGACGGUCGACCUCACGACCGCGGCUGCACCAACCGCAGAUGCCGUGCCGGCCACGGAUGCAAUGAUCUUCUGCGCGCAGGACUUCGAGCAAUGCUUGGCCUUUGUGGAGUACUGGAAUGCCUUGCCUGCAAACGACUGUGACGAUGGCCCUUGCGAGAUUUCUGACCGCCUUGGCGAUGGCUUCUACUAUAGCUAUGAGCUUGGUGAUGGCGGUACCCUGUCGGACCACGUGGUUGACGACGGCUUUGCACUCCUCCAGCGCAAGCACCAGGGGGAGACGACCCUGGCCACAAAUGCGACCGGGAAGAGCAAAUGCAAGUCAUGCGUCUGCGGUUACGAGGAAGACGUGGCCAAGUGCGGGAAAGAGCUGGUCACCAGUGCAAAGAAGUGCGGGGAGAAGGUGGUGAGCUGCACCUGGGAGGUGAUCAAGGAUGUUGCCAAGUGCGCCACUGGAAAGUGCAAGGUGAAGAAGUGCAAGAAGAAGGCUCUGCAGUGCGAAGCACCGAAGAGUUGCUUCAAAGCGAUCCCCUUCAUGGACUGCUUGGACAACCUUGCAAAGGACAAGGGCGGCGACGUGAAGGCAGCCAUCAAUGUCCUGCAGAGUACAGGAGAGACCGGGUACAAGGGCAUGAAGAACGUGGUGCUGAAGGGAAUCCCGAGUGUUAGCAAACAGCUCGGCAAGGGCUUAGCCGACCUCAUGCCGAAGGAAGUGGAGAAGAUGUUCACAAAGCAGGGUUGGGACAGCCUUUUGGACAGCUUUUUGGGGGCAGCCCAGGACAUGGCGUACACAGUCUAUGACGGCCUCACCACUGUCGGAGAUGUCUUGGACAGCUUCCUUGACAAAGUUGCGAACGGCCCCAUCACCCUGCCUCGAAAUGCGGAGGAUGGGGGCUGGUGCGUGUUCAAGUGGGACUUCACCAUGUUCUGGUUCACGGACUGUGGCUACUUCGGCGCCGUGGACACACUCUGGGGGCACGUGGCGCAAGCUUACAACCCCAAGAUGUGGGACAAGUUUGACGACGACUACAAGAAGAUGGGGAAAGCGCUGGCAGAUUGCGCCACCCUCACCACCAAGGUCGACAUCGACAAGGGGCAAUCCAUCCAGAUCGCAACUCCCUUUAUGAGCCUGCAGAAGAUGGACUUCUGCUUGCCUAAGACCGUGGUCUCAGGAGUGGAGGUCAUUGCAAAUGCCCUAGUCCUGGCCUACCAGGCCGCAGGCAAGGCCCUAGAUCCAAUUCAGAAGGCGCUCGAUGAUCUCGCUGACUACGUGACGAGGCUCAUCUCCGACAACUCCCUCCUCUUCCAGGAGACCUUCACCCUCCUCCAGACUGACUCCGAAGAAGGAGGAGGCCUCCAGGGGCUGCGCAGGAGCUUCAUGUGCAGCAAGAAGAAGAACAUGGACAACUACGCGUUCAUGGCUCGACUUCAAUUCCAGGUGGGCGUCAAGUGGAAGCACUUCAAGUUUGCGGGCCUGAAAUCUGCGCAGGCCAUCGGCAUAGGUCUCUACUUCGGGUGCCUCAAAGCGCAGUUCAAGGUCAUGGCCUUCAUGAAUGUCCGUAUCCUGUCCGUGGGCGUUUCCUUGCCUCCAGGUGGCAUCGAUUCAGUUGGAGACCCGACAUGGGCCGGAGACUUCCAGCUGAAAUACUACCCGAAGGCGUACCCAAGUUACACCAACAACAUGAAGUUCGAGGGUGUCUUCCAGGUGACGGCCGGAUUGAAGAUUGCGAACUUUAAGGGAACUGGCCGCACCUCCGUCUCCUACUGGUCUCCGGAGGUGUCGGGUAAGGCCAAGGAUGCGAGCAACUACAAGUUGGAAAAAUUGGAAAAGCCAUCGGGUUAUGGCUUCACCAUUGCUGUAAGCCCGCCGAAGAAGCCAGGCGGGUCCGGGUCGGGGGACUCAGGGUCCACGGACCUCCUCCAGGCCGGGAUGGGGCCGGAUUUGGCAACAAGCCUUCGUGAGCAGAUUCAGGCAGAGGGAAUCACCGAGCAUGACCUUGUGACUGGACUCCACCAGCUUUCCACAGCGGAGAACAUGUCAGGGGUUGUGCCCACUGGGAGCUUCGACGCGAAGAACAUUCAGGGCUCCGAUGCCUUCGCGACACCUCUGGAUGUGGCCUCCCUCUUGAGCCUCGCGCCGUCAGCGGCGCCUGCGGCCACCGUCUAUCCCAGCGUGGCUUUGCUGCCAGAGGGAGUAAGGGCUUCGACUGGAUUGAAAUUUGCCGGAUUCUCGGGUGUCCGUGUCUUAGAAAGCAUCAGGCGGGGAGGUGUCUUAGCCAGCUGGGCAGCUGCGUCAGUGCUGCUUUCGGCGAUGGAGGUGGCAGAGAACAUCACUGUUCAGGUGUCCGGCACAGCUGCCGGCGAGCCGCAGAUCGUUGCAGAGUCGCGCGUGGGCCUGGAUCUUAUGGGCAUCUACACGGGCUACCAUCGACAUGGUGGCUCUUUCGGCUUCCGCACGGCUUCCUUCGGCUUCUUCUGUGCAGAGUGUCCGGUGGAUGAGGUCUCCGACUAUGCCGGGGUCCCUGAUGCCUGCUUGGCGAAUGCAACCUGCGCCGAGGGUUCUACCGGUGUCCAGUGCCUUAGCUGCCUUCCUGGGUAUGUUCGCAGUCGACUACCGCUGCAGGAUUCCUGCGAGCACUGCGCAGAGCACCUGAUGAUCCUGAACCUCGUCCUCUUCCUCUCCCUGGUGGUAGUGAUGUCCCUGUGGCUCGCCAAGCUGGGCGUGGAGAGGCGGAACAACCCCAAGGACCUUCGGCUCGGCUAUCUGAAAUUCCUGCUGCUGUACUUGAUCAUCGAGGGCGCCCUGGCCCAGACCUGCAUUGAAAUCCUCAACGACUUUCGCUCAAGCCUUGGCGACCUUGGGCUACUCCUCAGACAGUUGCUGGCCACCUUCACCUGGUCCCCUCACCUGGUGGCUGUACGCUGCCUGAUGGAUCAUCUGGCGCAUGCUGCCGGAUACCUGCAGGGCGAGGGAGUCGCCGUGAGCAGCAUCGUCGCAGGUUGGUCGUCCGCUGCUACGGACUCCUUGCCAACUCCCGAUGUUUUGGCCGAGUCCCUUGCGAGGCUGAACCACACCAGCUGGUUUUCAGAGGACUCUGGGCCACUUCGUGAGUCCUUGAAAGAUUUUCAGUACUCCACAGAGCUCUACGCGCUUGCCUUCUGGGUUUGCUUGCCGCUGGUGCUGUGGUUACUUCUCUAUAUCUCCAACUUCCUGUAUGUUUGGAUCUGCUUGAUUUGGGACAGCUCCUUCAACAGUCGGGCCAUCACCUUCUACCAGGAGUUGGUCGAGGACGGGACCAAGGAGACCUUGGCCACCUACGACGCAGAGGACUGGCUGGCCUUCAUCCAGGCCUACUUCCAGAAGUGGGGCUUUUUCGGCCUUUGGUCCUGGGAUCUCGCGGAAGCACGGGCCGAGGGCUUUUGCGCUUGGGCUCGCGUCUUCACGAAACAGAGCCGGCCGCUGCAACUGGGCGCUUCAGGUGGGAUGAAGGUAGGUCUAGAUGUGGUCUUCCCAAAUAAGAGUCCGUAUAUAAGGGAUCCUUAA